AUGCCGGGCCUGGGCAGCCAGCCCUAUCCUGGCUUCUCCUCCGUGUCGUGCCCCAGCAGCAUGCCAGACCUCAAGGAGCACCACAGCGCGAUGGCCUGCGUGCUGAAGUCCUCGCCAGCAAUUUAUGAGCAGCUCCGGGACCGGACUACCAGCGCAGGCGUCGGGCUCGCCGCCUGCAUCAAGCCUGGGGUCGACGACCCCGGCCACCCCAAGGCGGUCAGCGCCGGCAUCGUCGCCGGAGACGAGGCCUGCUACAAAGAGUUCUCCGACUUGUUCUAUCCAGUGAUCAACCGGCUGCACGGCGCCGUCGUCCCGGCCUCGGGGCACCCGUUCGACGCCGACAUGAGCAAGCUGAGCCUCCGCAGCCUCGACCCGCAGGGCGGAAGCGUCGUGUCCGUGCGAGUGGAGCUGCGCCGCAACGUUCGCGGCCUCCGCCUGGCCCCGUGCAUCUCGCACCCCGAGCGCCGCGAGGUCGAGCGCUUGCUGGUGGCUGGCAUGGCCGCCCUUGGCGAGGAAGGUCCGCCGGCGAGUACCUGCCCUUGGCCUGCUCCCAGAGCUACCCGCCGCGCCCCGGCGGCGUCACCUGGGCUGACCAGUCGAGGCUGUGCGACGUGCUGUUCUCCGAGCCCUCGGGUGUGGCGCGGCUCUCCGCCGGGAUCGGGCGCGACUGGCCGGACGCGAGGGGCUCCUACGUCGCAGAGGCGCAGGGCAUGCACGUCCGCUGCAACGAGGAGGACCACCUGA